AUGGCUGAUUCAACUUAUUGUUCUAGGUGUGGUGAGGCCUCUAAGUCCAUUGCUCAUGUUCUUCAGGACUAUUUUCAUGCUAGACAGCAAGUUAGGGGAUCGAAAGGAUGUUUGGAGAAAGAAAGGGUUGGUUUGUUAGAGAUAAAGGACUACUUCCACGUUCGAUAUAACUUUCCAACUUGGAAUGCUAGUGAUUCUAACUGUUGUGGAUGGAGCGGUGUUGUAUGCGAUCAACCCACUGGGCGUGUGACGGAUCUUCUUCUUGAAAGUCUUCACUCUGAUCAAAAGGUUAUGAACUUCUCAUUGCUGCUUCCUUUCCAACAGUUAGAGUAUCUUGAUUUAUCAGACAACUAUUUCAAUGGUUCCGUUGUGAUUGAAGGCCUUUGUGGAUUGAAGAAUCUGCUGGAACUGGACAUGAGUCAUAAUUUUAUUAGUAGUCUUCCCAAGUGCAUGAGCAACUUGACAAGCCUUACGGUACUUGAUAUUUCAUCAACUACUCUGACGGGGAAAUUUCCUUCUUUCAUCACAAGUCUCAACUCACUCAAAUAUUUCUCUCUCUUUGAUAGCAAUGUUGAUGGCUCAUUUUCAUUCAACUUAUUGGUUAACCAUUCAAAACUUGAGGUUUUUUUGCUGUCAUCAGUUGCUCAUAACUUGCAUGUAGAAACUGAAUCUUCACCAUGGCUCCCAACUUUUCAAUUGAAGGCUCUUCAACUUGGAAACUGUAAUUUGGAUUCUAUUCCCAGUUUUCUUUUGUAUCAGCAUGAGUUAAGGCUACUUGAUCUUUCUCGCAACAAGCUGCAUGGAGAGUUUCCAACUUGGAUCUUAAAUAACAACUUAAAAUUAGAGACCUUGCGUUUGGCAAGUAACAUGUUCACUGGAACUUUGCAACUUCCUACCUCCCAACAUGGUUUACUUAACCUAAGAAUUUCAAGCAACAAGUUUGGUGGUCAAAUCCCAAAAAGCUUCGGUAGUAUCUUCCCAAAUCUCUCCUAUGUAAAUCUUGCUCAAAAUAAUUUUGAGGGUAGGCUUCCAUCUUCAAUGGUUGAAAUGCUAAGGGUAAAGAUAUUGGACUUGUCCAAUAACAAAUUGUCAGGAGAAUUUCCAAAACAUUUUUUCUCAAACUGGUCCUCAUUGAUUCUGCUGAAUUUAUCUCACAACAACUUCAGUGGAAGGGUAAUUCCGAAGUUUUCCCAUCAUGCAAAAUUAAACUUUUUGUUUUUAAAUAACAAUCACUUGGGUGGAAAACUUGAAGAUGGAAUUUUCGACAAGUCUUCAUUGAUAGCCAUGGACAUAUCAAGCAACAUGGUAUCAGGGAGGAUCCCUAGAUGGAUUAGCAACUUUACAUCACUCAAAUUACUUUCAAUGUCAAAGAAUCUUCUAAAAGCUGAGGUUCCCAUUGAAAUGUGCAGUCUAGUUGUCAUCGAGUAUUUAGACCUUUCAGAAAAUAGUUUAUCUGGAUCCUUGCCUGAAUGCUUGCUUCAUAUGGAUUUGUUGAGAUUCUUGCAUUUGCAAAAGAAUGCUCUCAAAGGUUUUAUGCCAAACAAUAUCUCUGACAUUUUAUAUUCAUUAGACCUAAGGGACAAUGAAUUUUAUGGACAAAUUCCAGAUGUGAUGUUUUCCAAUUUUGCCCAAUUGAGGUACCUUUUAUUGGGAGGGAAUGAACUGAAUGGUAGCAUUCCUAUCACCUUGUGUGAUUUAAAUGAACUCAGGAUUGUGGAUCUUUCAAGAAAUAGGCUCACUGGAAUAAUACCUUCAUGCCUUGCCUACAACUCAUUUGCAGUGGACCCCAUGGAUGGUUGCCAAGCACUUACUAGUAUAUUCCUAUGUGUUGGAAAUAGAGAACCAUUGCAAUCAGACUGGUACAUCCUUGAACAAUCAGAUACUUCAUUCAACACCGGUUUGGUAUUGAACAAAAAUUCUCUUGAUGAUGUGUAUUUGAUUAUUCAGCCGCAACCAGCAGAGUUUAGAACAAAGAAUAACAUCUACUAUUACACAGGGAAUAUCCUAGAACUGAUGUCUGGAUUGGAUUUGUCAUGUAAUGAAUUAAGUGGUAGCAUUCCACCAGAAAUAGGGUUCUUAGGAAACAUCAAUGCCUUGAACCUUUCACAUAACCACUUAUCAGGAACUAUACCUCAAAGCUUUUCCAAUCUUGUGAAAGUGGAGAGUUUGGACCUUUCCUUCAAUAACUUGAGUGGUGCAAUACCAUCUAAUUUGACUAUGUUGUACUUUUUGGCCAUCUUUAAUGUCUCAUAUAAUAACUUGUCAGGUUCAACUCCUACUGCAGGACAAUUUGCUAGCUUUGGUGUGGACAACUACAAAGGCAAUCCAGGUCUUAUUUUUAGUCCAUUUAACACAAUCUUGUCACCUCUUCAUACAUCUCCAGAUAUACAAAGAUAUGAAGGAGAAAAUUGCACAACCAUUGAGUUGGUUUCUUUCUACUGGGGAUUUGUUAUCUCUUUGUUCACAGUGUUGUUGGAAUGGUCUCUUCUAAGCAUCUAG